GCAGCCCGAGCCGGCCGCGGCCCUCAGCAAAACACAGCGCAGCUACGUCGCCCCCGUGCGCGUCGAGUCGAAUCUGGCGCACGACCUGAUCCUCUCCGAGGACAGCGAUGACGAGGCCGCCAAGGGAGACAGCGCGCCCUCGGGACAGCCGGACAGCCCAGCCAUUGACCUGCCGCCCACCGUGGACCUACUGCCUCCGAUGAGCGUGGGCCCGCCGCCGCCCGCCCUGGAGCCCAUGUCGCCGUGCGGCGUCAACAGCUCGUCGUCCGGGUCGGGGUCCGGCUCGGACUCGGGCUCGGACUCGGACUCGUCCAGCGAGGAGUCCAACGACGAGGCGGAGCGGCCCGUGGAGCCGCCCCCGCCCGCGUCGCCCGCCCCGGAGCCGCGCUGGAACCUGGAGUCGUUCCUGUCCCCGGGCAGGAGCGAGGCCAACGACGCCAACGGCGCCGACGCCAAGGAGAAGACCCCUGCCUUGGUGCCGGAGUCGGACAGUGAAUCUGACACCGCCGGUCCUGCCAACCCCAUGAGACCUCCAGCCCCGUCCAAGCUCUCCCCAGUGGAGGUGAAGGAGACUCGGGACACCUCGGAGGACGACCGGCCGUGCACGCACAACCGUGCCUACGACGCCAAGGCCGCCGACGAUCGGACUAAGAGAAAAGUUGCUGUUGUAAGACCUGAAGUUCGGACAGACCCCUGGAAAGAAUCUGAUGAGAGAGUUAGGGCUAAGCAGUUGUCAUCAGAUGACGACAUGCGACGCAAAAAUCGUAGUCCUGUGAAAGUCAAGCCAAGUCUUCCUCGUGUUCCAAAGAACUACAAGCGUUCCGGUAGUUGCUCAGACAGUGCUUCGGAUGUGGAUAUGGGUGGCAGGAGCAGUAGAGGUAGGAGAAGUGCGUUAGGUACCAGUGACAGUGACAGGAGCCGUAUUCUUUCCCCCAAAAAGUGGAGUCAUGGACUCAAGCCGCUCAUGUCAGGAGUGAGUGAUAGUGAAGAGGAAGGGAAUGCGGGCCAAAAAGCCAAGGUGGUAGUGCGUCGAAGGAAGAGCAACUCGAAGCGGCCUACCCAAGCCAGUGACUCUGAAGACGAGGCCCGUCCCGAGGUCAAGAGGCACACGCCCAAACCCAAACUUCGGGCGUCACCAAUCAGAAGCGCCUCGGAAGAGGAGCCUCGGAAGGGAGGUGCACGAAGGAGUCUUGUACCUGCAAGAUCUCAAGCCCAUUCGAGUCUUUCUGAAGACGAUGAGUGCUACGAUGGGUCUGUCAAGUGGCGUGGCAAGCACAACAAGGAGUCCAAGCCCAGAGGCAGGCCGGCCGCCUAUCCGAAGCACCAAAUGGAUGACGAGCGACCCGCCUCUGUCACGCGCAGAUCCAGCGGCCGGCAGAAAGUGGAACUAGCUGCCGCGUCCAGAGAUUCUGACAGCGAAGAGAUUGACGUGGUGAAUUCCAAGUCACCUAUCAAGGCCAUUGGCCAAUCUAAGUUGGCGAGGAGAAGAGCUUCCAGUGGCGACUUCAGCUCGGAUAUGGAGCAUGUGCAGUCCCCUGUCAGGCCCAUGUCGGACAGUGAUAGUGAUGCCCCACCUCCAAAGCCCAAAAUGGAGGUGAGCCCGCCCAAGCUUGAUGAGGAGGGUAACGUUGUCCAGGACAAAAAGAAAAAUGACACGUUACGUAAACUGUUUUUAACGAAACGAGAACCUCAAGAAAGUGGUGGCAAGGGUGGCAAGGGUGGUAAAGGAGGCAAGGGCGGAAAAGGAAAGGGAGGCAAAGGGAAGGGUGGCAAGGGUAAACCCGGUGUACUAGUGGUCGAGUCAGAACGACUAGAGCCUGCUUCCCCUCCCACCCCUCCCCCUGCUGAAAUUCCCAAGCCUGAGCCUCAACUCACAGAUAGUGAGAAAAAGAAAAGAAAACGGCAUGGAAAGCACAGUGAAAGUAUAACACCAGAAAAAGCACCCAUUCCCAUCAAGGAGGAAGCCCCAGAGGAAGAGCUCGUUGCCUCUAUCAAGAGGGAGUCUUCUCAUCAGGCACCAAACCUCUCUCACCCCGGCCCAAUCAUGUGCCGAAUCCCUUUAAGUCGGUUACCCUACAUCCCCCCACCUCCUCCCAAAUCUCACCGGUCAAGAGAAGGUCGACCACACUUAGAGUAUUCUGAAUCAAGAACUGCUGCAGAUGAUAGUAAUCAUAGAACUCAUCAUAGUAGUAGAAAGCGAAGAAGACAAGCUAGUGAUGCUGAAGAUGGAGACAGUCCUGAACUGGAGCAGCCCAUACCAGAGGAUGCUCAAAUCAGUGAUAUUGGAGCGGGUCGCACAUCGCAGCUGGGUCAUAAAAGGGAGCGGCGGCUUUCUACUAGUUCCAUCUCUUCUCAAUCUACUACUGCAAGCAGAGAACGGACCAAGCACAAAGAUCGUCAUCGAGAAAGGCAUCAUAAACGUCAAAAGUUAGGAGAGGAUCUUGUGUUGCGAUCAGCUUAUCAGGGUGGAGAUAGUCUUUUAGCUCAACCUCCUACCAACCAUGAGCGGGAAGAGCAGGUGGCAGGUCCUAGCAAUCAUAGAAGUUCUGAAGGAAACUCCUAUUACUCUUACUUUGAAGAAAAACUUAGGGAUAGUCGUCAAGAACAAUUGCACAAGGAAUCCAAUGAGAAUUUUUAUCUCAGUGAAGCUGUCCGAAUGAAGAGGCAAGCUGACAGCGAAAGAGACCCAACAGCUCAGGCUGUUUUAUACCUAGAGGCCAUCAUGUUCUUCAUCCUGACAGGGGUGACAAUGAUGACUCAUACCACAUUAGCAGCUUCCAAAAUGUUCACUGAUACAUUAUCUGUUCUAGAAUUUGUAACUACAAGGUUCAAGUCACAAAACCGGAAUGUAGAACUUUCUAUGAUUCAAAAUUGCUUGUCUGUUUUGAGCCUACGAUCACAAUCCCUGUUGCAUUUAAAACUGUAUGACAUAAACCAAAGUGAGGUAGCUGAGUUCGAAAAGACUGUUGCUAAUUUUCUUAAUCCUGCCAAGACUCCCGCUGUGCCUGUGGUGCUGGCACCGACCGAAGGUCAGGCACAAGGGCAAGGCACUCCCUCGUCGCUGUCGCCAACGCCUUCUCCUUCAGGGUCCGUGGGCUCUGUGGGGUCCAACUCCUCCCAGUCGUCUGGGUACAGCAGUGGGAACGGCAAUGCCUCCGCCAAUGCCGGCAGCAAUGGUCAGAGCAGCAGCAGCGCAGGGCCUUCAACAGCUGCCAACCCGCCUUGCAUCCCAGUCCCAAUCAACAUCUUCUCCAUGGUCUCCAAGCAACACAAAAUUUGGACCAAUCUUAAGAGUUCUCAUGAUCUGUGGGAGAGAGCUGACAAGCUUAUUUAUAGGGGUAAUCACACAGACUUUUUCAUCUCGUUGGAUCAUACAUGUGGACCCCUAACUCUGCACAGCUCAAUGACAGCGUUAGUGCGCUAUGUUCGAGAAGGACUAGUGAGAUUAAGAAGUAUUAUAAACAGACAUAAUCCACAAAUAAUUAGUGAUACUUAAAACUCCAAACGGACUGGACCAAUUUUAGGAUUGCCUGUGAUUUAAGUUGUUCCAACCUGCAAUGAUGUAAUCAGAAUAAGAAGACUGUUGGUUCAAUAGUUGACAAGUUUUUCAAGAUCAUUUAUGUUAAGGAGCUUCUCGAGUACUGUAAGGGGCAUGAGAUGUGUGGUGUCUCAUUGGAUAUGGCAAUUCCAAUUUUUAAUGGAUGUUGUUUUUCUUCAGAAAUUUGACAAAUGCACAUUAUGCUCCCUCAAAACGCUGCAUUUUUCCUUUCUGUAUGUACUUAGCUGUGUUCCAAUGCAGUGUACGUCUAUUUUCUCAGAAAUCCAUUCCAUUCUGGAAGGAUAUGUCCCUAAGUUCCAGAUUUAUUAUGUUAUUUAUUUUACCUAUUGUGAUUAUUGUAAAAGUAAUGGAGCAUAAUGUUCUUUUCUUUUCAUUUUGAAACUUAUUUAAAUAAAAAUUUUCUAUUUUACUUUUUUGUAAUUGGCUUGAAUUGUUAUAUUUGGAGUCACUUGGUUUUGCAUGAAGCAUUGUAUGCUUGAGCUUAAGUAUAGUUCUUUUCUUUUUAUCUUUGAUAGCAUUUCAAAGCUUGCUGGGGUAAAUUGAGCAAUGUUUGGACCAAAAGUCGAUUGUCACAUUAUUAAAUACCAAGAGAAUCUCUUUCCUCUAAAAUACUGUUAGGUGAAUUUUUUAUGAGUAGCCACAUAUUGUUUCGUGCAGGCAGCCAGUAUUUGAAAUUUGAGCAUUAGACAAAUUUGGUAUUUAGCUCUUCUUCGACUAGUAGAGAAAUAGUUGGGUCUCACAACGAAACAUUAGGAAAGAGCAUUGAUGGCUGUGGUGAAUAGAUGGGAAAGGCUCAGUAGAUAUGAUUGCUCACGGUGCCAGCUACUUGCAGUCACAAUUUUUUGCCUGUGCUGCAAAACCUUUUUAUAGUAAUUUGUUGUAAUUGCUGUUGUCAAGUGCAAUUGAGGUGUAGAUGCUAUAAUUAAGUAAACAAUGAUUUUAGUUUGCUCAACAUGAAGAGACUUACAAGUAAGUCUUGACAAGUUACAACAAGCAUCAAAGAGUUUUACUAUGCUUUUAUGCCUUAUACUGCUGCAAGGAUUGCAUCGUGAGUUGCCAAUCUAUGGCAGACUGAUAUUUAUUUGUAGUUUGAAGAUAUAACUAAAAAUUUUGAUGGGACUUGCAUACAAACAGUUCUUAAUGAUAUUUUAUCAGGAAGCAUUGACAUUGCCUACCUAUGAGUUAAAUAAAUUUAGAGCAUAAUGUUCAGAGGUUAGAUAUUUUUAAUGAUGUCAAUUUUUUUCCGCUUACCAAUGUAUAUCACUAUUAAUAUUAUUAUUAUUAAGAUCAUUCUUUCAAGAGUGUGGAUAGUCAGUUUGACAUUAAAGUUAUAUAAUAGUGUCCUUACUACUGUAAAAAAAUUGCUGUACAUAAAAUGUAUGGGAAACAGGAUACUACAUAUUAUUGGGUUGUAUAUUUUUGUACAUAAACAGACUGUUAAGAAAGCUACCUUCCAGUAAGGUCUUACCAUUGUAUAGAGAAUAAAUUGCAUUGCACCGUUUGUUAUGAUACUGGACUAUUUACCCUAAUAUCUGGUUAAGCUGUAUCAGCAAAGAGAUUUUUGUUAAAAGAAAAUUUCCAUCGCAGUGAAAUUUGUUUAAAGUUACCAUAUUGCAGUGGCCAUUCCUGAAAGAUUCAGGAUCAUCUUUAGAUGCCUUGUUGGUGUUAAUUCUUUUUUCCAGCUUCCUGACGUAUUGAAAGGCUGUGAUAGGGUGAACUCUCAUGGGGAAGUAAUAUUACGUAUGUUAAUUACAUCACUUGCCACUUCAUUUUUGCUCAGCCUUCAUUUACUUGCUUUGCAUGUGCAAAGCAGGUCCUUCUUUAUUUCUCUUAUUAAUUUUCUAAGUUAUUGUUAGGUCCAAAAUUUUGUUAUACGUAUUAUUUUGUCUUUCUCAGUACAAUGCAAGCAGUGGAUAAAUAUUCCAUUAAAAAAAUUUGCAGCUUCUGCAUUUUUUCUAUUGUAUUUUCUGUUUCUUCUUAUGAUUUUGUAAUAUUAUGCCAUGAUGGUCAUUUCAGAAGUUGUUGAGGUAGUUCAAUGAAGCAGUCUAAAUUUGUACGUAAGGAUCAUCCUUUGCAGAUUGCUGUUUGAGUUUGAUAUUAGCAAAAUAUUUUUUGUACUUGUGUAUGUCUGAGAAGCCAUCAUGUUCAAUUAGUUACCGAAAGAGAACAUCACUCAUAUUUAUUAUCUGUUUGUUAUUCAAUUGUCUUCUGGCAUUUGCUGUGCUCUUUUCUUUGCUGCAUAUUCUCUUUGUGUGAACCAUCUCUCAAAUUUCUAUUGUUUUCU